GUGGAAUGAAUGUACUGUACCGGCUAGAAGGCGACCCCGAAGGCCGGGCACCAAAAACCAAACACAGCCCACUUUCGUAACAAGCUGCGAUUGCUCGACAGGCACGAAUCGAAACUAUCGAUAAAUUGGAACUACGAGGAACUUCCUCUCUUUUCUUUCUAACACGUUAAUGUUACUCACUCAAUCACCACCGAAACAAGCCUAAACUAUCAUUAGAAUACUUCGUUCAGGUUGGACAGAUAUAACUUGGGUUUGAGCAGCGGAAAUACUUGAAGCUCUCUCUUCCCCCCUGGUUGCUGUGACAUCACCCCCACUCACUCACUCGAAUUUAUUACUCCUUGUGUUACUAUUCUACUAUUUUACUUGGGUUGUAUUUCACCAAGCCUCGUCAUCGACGAUAGACGAUAGACAAUACCUUCCCUCUCUCUCUAAAAAAUGGCUUCGUUAAAUCUUUCUACAAACGGCCCCUCGAUCAAGAGCAGUUACCAGGGAGUUAUCAAUGCACCGCCUCCGCCUUCAGGGAGUUCUUCUACAUACGGUCAAUGGGCCCUAUUCUACGUACAAGCCCCUCUAGCCAAUGUUUUCCAAGAUACUGGAAACAAAGAAAGUGUUCUGAAAGUCCAGUCCACCGGCUCUGGUGAACUAGAGGAUCUUAUUGAGGACUUCAGCGAAGGUCGUAUCCAAUUCGCUUUCCUUAAGGUUAAGGAUCCAAAUACAGGUCUGCCUAAAUAUGCUCUAAUCGCAUGGUGCGGUGGAGGUGUUCCCGAGAGGACUAAAGGCUACUUCACGAGUCAUUUAAAUGCCGUUUCUAAAGUUCUUCAUGGAUACCAUGUUCAAAUCACAGCUCGCUCCGAUACCGACCUCGAACCCGCAAAUAUCCUCCAGAAAAUCUCAGAUGCGUCUGGUGCCAAGUAUACAGCGGGUGGAAGUGCACCUGUGCAGACUGGAGGAGGACCCCCUCCAGUAAAGUCGAAGCCUGUCUUUUCUACAACUUCGAACUCGUCUAGUAACCCCAUAGUCGCUGCACGAAACGCAAGCCUGCGAAAGACAAAUGACGACGGCUGGGGGGAUGCACCGCAGGUUUCGCGGACCGAGCUUGAAAAGGUGGAAUCGGCAUAUAAGCCAACCAAGGUCAACCUAGCCGAGUUGACAGGCCAGAAACAAGAGCCCUCGAGGUUUAACGGUUCAAGCCAACAAGACGACAGGUCUAGGGAUACAAUCGGGGGAGGGUACCAACCCGUUGGGAAGGUCGACAUCGCUGCUAUUCGAGCUGCAGCGAGGAACAAGCAAGACGAUCGACCGAUACCAGUCAAGGGUGCUUAUGAGCCGGUAGGCAAGGUUGACAUUGCUGCGAUCCGAGCUAAGGCACAGAAGCCAGGGGAACCUGAACCCGCACCUGAACCUGAAGAACCACCGAAGUCUCUAGCAGAGCGGACUGCAGCGUUUAAGCAAGCCGAGCGUAUUACGGAGCUUCCCAAGCCUAAAGUCGCAAAGAAAUGGGGUGGCGCGUCUACAUUCACAGGCACUAAGGCGCCUACUCCUGGCGCAUUGGGUUUGGGAAGCCCUUCGCCAACGCCCGUCGCUCCUCCGGUGGGAUCUGCUAGUCGAACCUUCGCUGAUCAAGGAGGCAAGACGCCGGCUCAGAUUUGGGCCGAGAAGAAGGCACAACAAGGCUCUGUUUCUGGGAUCAACAAUCCUCCAGCGUCCCCUGUCGCAGCGCAGAAGAGCGGAGGAGGUGGUUGGCAGAGCAGUUACAAGGGGAAAAGCUGGGCACCGGUCCAGACGGGACAAUACGGUCGUAGCAUUACGGGGCAAAAGACUGGCGAGACCGAGACUAGCCAAGAGGCACCGGCAUCUCCAGCGGGAAGCGUUGGUGCCAUACGCGACCGUUUCAAGGAGACAACUCAAAUUAUCUCACCCGCACCAUCUGCUCCGAAGAUUCCAUCGCCUGCCGAAGAUAAUGAGCGAGCGCCACCUCCGCCGCCUUUGGCCUCCCGGCCUUCGGACGGAGCACCUACCGGUGGUUUUGCGCUUCCCGGUAUGCCUCCACGCCCACCUCCUGUCACAGAUGAGGAUGAGGAGCUCGAACGAGAACAAGAACGGGAAUACGAGCGAGAACCAUCACCUGUUCGCGUGGCAGUGCCUGUCCCUCGUGGACCUGAGCCUGAGAUUGAGCCAGUCCACGAACCUCCUCGAUCGCUUCCUAUUCGGCCUAUCGAACAAGAGCUCCCCAAGGAAGAAGAACUACCAGCGGAAGAGGAGACUUACGAUCCUCGCGCGGCUGCUACGGCCGUUGCUGAAUCCCAUUUCGGCCACGAGCAAGUGGCAGAAGCACCAGCGGCUUCGAGUGGAGGCAAACGUGCUCUAAUCCAAUACGAUUACGAGAAAGCUGAAGAUAAUGAAUUGGAACUUCGCGAAGGCGAGUACGUCACUAAUAUCGAAAUGGUUGACGAGGACUGGUGGAUGGGUACCAACUCUCGAGGCGAGACGGGUCUGUUCCCUAGCAACUACGUUGAACUCGUCGACGAUGAGUCGGAGGAGCCGGCACCGGCACCUACAGCCAGUCACGAAGCACCUCCGCCUGUGCCGGCUGCGGAGACUGAACCCGAGCCAGCAGCGGGCGCCGGACAUACAGCUACAGCCCAGUUUGACUACGAAGCUGCUGAAGACAACGAACUGAGCUUCCCCGAGGGGGCUACGAUUACUAACUUGGAAUUUCCCGACGAGGACUGGUGGUUCGGUCAUUACAAAGGGAAUUCGGGUUUGUUCCCUGCCAAUUAUGUGCAGCUAGACGGGCAGUGAUCUACUAUUAUCUUCACCUACAAAACGAUGCCACGACGAGUAUGACAGCAGCCGUUGAUUUGGAGAGUUACCUAGACAAGGAGCAGUAGACAGCGACUCAGCGGAGAGACUUGGCAUGAGAAGAGUUUGUUUCAUUUAUCUUUUUUUUUUUUCGUAGUUAGCUGAAUAAGAAAAAAAACGCACUUCUAUAUACGAAAAAUCAAUCAAUAUUCCCC